CGGGGGGCUGCGGGCAGGGCGGGGGGUGUGUGCACGCUCGAGCUUUCGGGCCACAGCCACCACCGCGCGAGCUAGAAGCGCCCUAGCCCGGCAAGCUGGCUCACCCGCUGGCCACCCAGCACAGCCCGCUGGCCCCUCUCCUGCAGCCCAUCUGGCGGAGCGGCGGCGGCGGCGGAGGCAGGAGGAUGGCUUCAGAACUGGCAAUGAACAAUUCCGACCUGCCCACCAGUCCCCUGGCCAUGGAAUAUGUUAAUGACUUCGAUCUGAUGAAGUUUGAAGUGAAAAAGGAACCGGUGGAGACCGACCGCAUCAUCAGCCAGUGCGGCCGUCUCAUCGCUGGGGGCUCGCUGUCCUCCACCCCCAUGAGCACGCCCUGCAGCUCGGUGCCCCCGUCCCCCAGCUUCUCGGCGCCCAGCCCGGGCUCGGGCAGCGAACAGAAGGCGCACCUGGAAGACUACUACUGGAUGACCGGCUACCCGCAGCAGCUCAACCCAGAGGCGCUGGGCUUUAGCCCAGAGGACGCGGUCGAGGCGCUCAUCAGCAACAGCCACCAGCUCCAGGGUGGCUUCGAUGGCUACGCGCGGGGAGCACAGCAGCUGGCCGCAGCGGCGGGAGCCGGCGCCGGCGCCUCCCUGGGCGGCAGCGGCGAGGAGAUGGGCCCCGCCGCCGCCGUGGUGUCCGCCGUGAUCGCCGCGGCUGCCGCGCAGAGCGGCGCGGCACCACACUACCAUCACCAUCACCACCACGCCGCAGGGCACCACCACCACCCGACGGCCGGCGCCCCGGGAGCCGCGGGUAACGCGUCCGCCUCUGCGGGCGGCGCGGGUGGCACGGGCGGCGGUGGCCCGGCAAGCGCCGGGGGCGGCGGCGGCGGCGGCGGAGGGGGUGCGGCGGGGGCGGGGGGUGCCCUGCACCCGCACCAUGCCGCGGGCGGCCUGCACUUCGACGACCGCUUCUCGGACGAGCAGUUGGUGACCAUGUCGGUGCGCGAGCUGAACCGGCAGCUGCGCGGGGUCAGCAAGGAGGAGGUGAUCCGACUGAAGCAGAAGAGGCGGACCCUGAAAAACCGCGGCUAUGCCCAGUCCUGCCGCUUCAAGAGGGUGCAGCAGAGACACGUCCUGGAGUCGGAGAAGAACCAGCUGCUACAGCAGGUCGACCACCUCAAGCAGGAGAUCUCCAGGCUGGUGCGCGAAAGGGACGCCUACAAGGAGAAAUACGAGAAGUUGGUGAGCAGCGGGUUCCGAGAAAACGGCUCAAGCAGCGACAACCCGUCCUCUCCCGAAUUUUUCAUGUACCCAAGGGACUCUUCUACAUCUGUGAUGUGAGCAAAGCAGUUUUCGGGAGUCAAACAGAGAAGACAUUCUGCUUACUCGCUCCUUGUUGCGUGCACACAAGCAAGGUUUUAUUUUCUGAAAUUGGAAACUAUUUUUUACAAAGGUACCUUGGACAGACUUGCACCCAGGAUGUCAGUGCAUGGGACAAGCAUCUCGGAUCCUGAAGCACCUGAGCAGGGGUUGCCUGGAGCUCGGCCUUUCACAGAAGAGGAAAAUGUACAGCAGGGGUCCUCAAUGAGUACCCUGGCAUGCAUGGAGAUGGACCAUCCUGAUCUAGAACAUGAUCUUCUUAAGCAGACACUGUAUGAUUUAACUAAGACAUUUCACUUUGAAUUGCUUUAGCUACAGAGAUCAUGGCAAUUUUUAAAAUGCAUACUUCAAGAACAAUUGAUAUUUAACGUUUGCUAUGGCCACAUGGAGGCCAUACCUGUAUGUUGGAGUUAGAAUAAAUAUCUGUGCACUCAGA